CGUCCAGUGCUUGAGCCGGGAAGAGGGUCUGUGGAGAGGAAGAGCCCAUAAAGGAUUGUGGGAAGGCGGCCUCUUUCUUUCCGGUCGGCGGCAGCCAUCAGGCAGGCUAGGCGUAAGCCAGGAUGGGGGCCUACAAAUACAUCCAGGAGCUAUGGAGGAAGAAGCAGUCGGACGUCAUGCGGUUCCUUCUGCGCGUGCGCUGCUGGCAGUACCGCCAGCUGUCCGCCCUGCACCGAGCCCCGCGGCCCACCAGACCCGACAAAGCCCGCCGGCUGGGGUACAAGGCCAAGCAAGGUUAUGUCAUCUACCGUAUUCGUGUUCGACGUGGUGGACGAAAGCGUCCAGUUCCCAAGGGUGCAACCUAUGGUAAACCCGUGCAUCAUGGUGUGAAUCAGCUGAAGUUUGCCAGGAGCCUUCAGUCUGUAGCAGAAGAACGUGCUGGCCGCCACUGUGGAGCCCUAAGAGUCUUGAACUCCUACUGGGUGGGUGAAGAUUCAACCUACAAAUUCUUUGAGGUUAUUCUUAUUGACCCAUUCCAUAAAGCUAUCAGACGAAACCCCGACACUCAAUGGAUCACCAAACCAGUGCACAAACACAGAGAGAUGCGAGGGCUUACCUCAGCUGGCCGGAAGAGCAGGGGUCUUGGAAAGGGUCACAAAUUCCACCAUACUAUUGGAGGGUCUCGCCGUGCUGCUUGGAGACGGCGAAAUACUCUCCAACUACAUAGAUACCGCUAAUUGGUGCACAUUAAUUUGUAAACUUCAGUGUUUAAUAAACAACAUUUAUGAUGA